AUGUCGACAAACCCUAGAGUCUUCCUCGAAAUCGCCGUCAACUUCAGACCCGUUGGUCGGAUCGUGAUAGAGCUCUUCGCCGACACGAACCCGAAGACGGCGGAGAACUUCCGCGCUCUCUGCACAGGCGAGAAAGGCAUAGGGGAGUCCGGCAUACCGCUCCACUACAAGGGAACCAUCAUCCACGGCAUGACCCCAAACUUCAUUUGGUACGGAGGAGAUACCACUCACGGGUGUGGAGGAGGAGGCGAAUCCAUCUACGGCCAACCUUUGGCGGACAACAACUACAAAAGGAAGCACGACGGCAAAGGCAUCAUCCUCUCAAUGACUAGGAACGAUGAAAGCACCACCUACGACUACUACGAAUCUCAGUUCAUGAUCCUCAUGAGGGCGUCCCCUGAUUUAGACGGCGAGCAGGUGGUGUUCGGAGAAGUUGUGGAUGGAGUUGAUGUGAUCAGUCGCGUUGAGCAGAUGGUUGGUGGCACCAAUGGAUACCCUCUCCAGCCUGUGACGAUAGCAGACUGCGGCCAGGUUUUUCCAGAGGCGGAAACAAUGGUGGUAGGUUACUCCGUCCCGAAGUGGCUGAAAUAUAUGCGAGCUUUGCAACUGAGGGUGGCCGAGCUGGAGAAUCCACCGGAGAAGCAGACCGUUUCGUGUGAAAUGGGGUACGGCUUGAUCCGGAUAGGGAAGUCUUUUGAACUGCAGGAGCAGCUCAUGACAUCUCUUACUACCCACAGAGCAGUAGAGCACUCGGUGGUGGCACGUGAAAGUGAAGGAGAUGGGACAGGUCAUGGCAUACCUGAAGAGCAGUAG